UAUAGAUUCACCCAAAGACCCAUAGAGUCAUCAACUAAUUCUAAUAGAGCAUAAAGUUAUCUACUCGACAGCACACCUCUGGGAUACGGCAUCUUCCAUUACGCACGGCUACGAUUCGCAGUCCGUCACCGACGGUCACUCAAGCACGAACAGGCCUAGCCAGGUCCCUUCUAAAUUGAGUUGGGUUCUCACCUGGUCAGAGCGGUCACACUUCCCAGACACAUAGGCCUCUUCAAGCGACUGUAAAACCAUCAGGCAGAACAGACAAGAUGCCUCCAAAACGUGAUCUUUCCGAAUUCAAUUAUGGGGCGAUGAGCAGUUUGGUAGUGAACCAGGAGAGAGGACAUCGACGUGACAAUGAACCAACCGGCGCGCCCGAAUCUUUGGUCGGAAGAGUCAACAUCAAGGAUAUGGGAGCCCGGGCGGGAAGAGAGGCACCCAAGGAUUUGGAGAAGAAGAAACAGAAGCAGGCUGUGAUUUCUGCAGCGGAUGAGGCAGAACGUAGCAUUCGACGUCGCGGCGAUCAGAGCACCAGAACUGAUGGCAGGUACCUCGAUAUCCUUCAAGCUACGGAAGACCUCGAAGGACUCAACUAUCGACCAAAGACUGCCGAGACUAGGGAGGUUUUUGAGCUACUUCUUGGAAUUGUUCAUCAGGCCCUGGGUGAUCAGGCACAAGAUGUCGUCAGAUCAGCCACAGACACAGUCUUGGAGAUACUGAAGAGCGAAGAUGUCAAGGAAUUUGACCGCAAGAAAGAGGUCGAGACUAUAACCGGUACCAUCGAUGGAGAUCGAUGGAGCCAACUUGUAAAUCUCUCCAAGAAAAUUACGGAUUAUGCGCAAGAAACGGAGGAUACCAACGACACUGGUGACCUUGAUCCAUCUACCGCUAGUCGAGCCGUGGAAGGAGAGGAUGGUGUCGCUGUGCUCUUCGAAGACGACGAGGACGAGGACGAGGGGGAGGGCGCGUACGAGCUACGUGAUGACAAUAGCGAUGAGGAAGAAUCGAACGAUGAUGAGCCGGAGAGCGGAUCUCCAGGUGACGGAUCGCCGGAACUUGGCAAUGAAGACCUCGACAUGGUCAUCGGUGACGCGUCUCACAAGCAGCGCAAGGGGAAGCAACACGAUGUCGUAGCCCCACAUGAUGUUGACGGGUUUUGGCUGCAAAGGUUGAUAACCUCUGCUUACUCGGAUCCUCAACAAGCAAAUGAACUGACGACGAAAACCCUAGACCUCCUGGCGUCUGACAUGGACCUUCGAGACCUUGAGAAUUCCCUCGCCGAAGUUUUCGGAUACGCCAAUUUUGAAAUCGUCGCUCUUUUGACGAAGAAUCGCGAGACUGUGGUCUGGUGUACCAAAUUGGCCAGAACCGAUGACGACGACCGCCAUGACGUCGAAGUUGCUAUGCGUGAAAAAGGUCUCGGAUGGCUACUCCGGGCAUUGGCCGGUGACAGGUCUCGUCUAACCGAGACUGUGCCCAGCCGUCCUCAGGCGGGCCGCAGCACGAUCGAAUCGGCUGCUGUGACAUCGAGCGAGCUCAACAACCGGUCCCAGAGGACUGUGGACAUUGAGGGCCUGAUAUUCGCUCAGGGCGGUCAUCUUAUGUCGAAUAAAAAGGUCAAAUUACCGACUGGCAGUUUCAAGCGGACUGGCAAGGGAUAUGAAGAGAUCCAUGUGCCAAUCCCCGAAAAGAGAAAAGUCAACACCGAAGAACUGCCAGUCCAGAUCGCAAGUCUUCCUGUUUGGACACAUCCUGUUUGGGGGAAAACGACACAACUCAAUCCGGUUCAGAGCAAAGUCUUUCCAGUGGCCUUUGAGAGCGAUGAGCCGAUGCUUCUCUGUGCUCCUACCGGUGCCGGGAAGACCAAUUGUGCCAUGCUGACGAUGCUACGGACCAUCGGACAGUUUAGAGACGAGUCCACUGGGAUGAUCGAUCUGGACGCUUUCAAGGUGAUCUAUGUCGCGCCGAUGAAGGCUUUGGUCCAAGAACAGGUUCAGCAAUUCUCGGCUAGACUCGCUCCUCUCGGGAUAAGAGUCGCCGAACUUACCGGCGAUUCUCAGAUGACCAAGCAGCAGAUUGCCGAAACGCAGGUGAUCGUCACCACUCCGGAAAAAUGGGAUGUCAUAACUCGAAAAAACUCCGAUACCAGCUACACCAACCUGGUUCGUCUACUUAUCGUGGACGAGAUCCACCUCUUGCACGACGACCGUGGUCCCGUGGUCGAGAGCAUUUUGUCAAGGACAAUUCGGCGAAUGGACCAAACACACGAGGACGUGCGAAUAGUUGGUUUGAGCGCUACUUUGCCCAACUACAAGGAUGUUGCCGCUUUCUUACGGGUCGAUCUGAAAAAAGGUCUCUUUUACUUCGAUGCCUCGUAUCGACCUUGCCCACUCCGCCAGCAGUUCGUUGGAAUCACGGAAAAGAAAGCGAUCAAACGUUUCCAGAUCAUGAACGAAGUCUGCUACGAAAAGGUUCUGGAUCAAGUUAGCCAGGAUAACCCCGUAAUGGUCUUUGUUCAUUCGCGAAAGGAGACCGCCAAAACCGCACGAUUCCUGCGUGAUCUCGCUCUGGAAAGAGAACAGCAGACGCAAUUCAUCAGUCCGAAUGGUGCAAGUCGGGCGGUGCUUGAGGAAGAGUCUGCCAAGGCCCACGAUGCGAAUCUCAAGGAUCUGCUCGCUUUCGGGUUCGGUAUACAUCAUGCGGGGAUGAACAGAGAGGAUCGAGCGGUUACAGAAGAACUUUUCGCAGAACGACAUAUCAAAGUUCUCGUCUGCACGGCGACGCUGGCAUGGGGUGUCAAUCUUCCAGCUCAUGCCGUCAUCAUCAAAGGUACCCAGAUCUACAACCCCGAAAAGGGUCGAUGGGCAGAACUGUCUCCCCAAGACGUGUUGCAGAUGCUUGGCCGAGCCGGCCGUCCGCAGUACGAUCAAUACGGGGAAGGCAUCAUCAUUACCAAUCACAACGAGUUGCAGUACUAUACCAGUCUACUCAACCAGCAAUUGCCCAUCGAAUCACAAUUCGUUUCGAAGCUGGUUGACAACCUGAACGCCGAAAUCGUCCUUGGCUCUGUCAGAAACAGAGAUGAAGCUGUCCAAUGGCUUGCCUAUACUUACCUAUAUGUGCGAAUGUUGGCGUCCCCAGCUCUUUAUAACGUAGGCGCUGACUAUAUGGAGGGCGACGCAGCUCUGCUCCAAAAGCGAUCGGAUUUGGUUCACACUGCGGCCACCUUGCUCGAAAAGACCAGCUUGAUCAAAUACGAUCGUCGUACGGGUGUAUUCAAGAGUACGGAGCUCGGACGCAUCGCGUCCCACUACUACAUCGCGCACAGCUCGAUGGCUACAUACAACCAGCAUCUUCGGCCGACGAUGAACGUUAUCGACAUGUUCCGCGUCUUUGCGCUUUCCAACGAGUUCCGACUGAUACCCGUGCGGCAAGAAGAGCGAGUUGAGUUGACCAAGCUUCUCGAGCGGGUGCCCAUACCCGUCAAAGAGAACGUUGACGAACCGACGGCGAAAGUGAACGUUCUACUGCAAGCAUAUAUCUCUGGUCUCAAGCUCGAUGGCUUUACCAUUGUUGCGGACAUGGUGUUCGUUCAGCAAUCUGCGGGACGUAUCUUGAGAGCCAUCUUCGAGAUGUGCUUGAAGAGAGGAUGGGCGGGACCAACGCGAUUGGCAUUGGACCUGUGCAAGAUGGUGGAACGCAGAAUGUGGAGGUCGAUGACGCCUCUCAGGCAGUUCAAAGGAAUUCCAGCAAACGUGGUCUACAAGGCAGAGCGCAAGGAAUUCCCUUGGUAUCGAUAUUUCGACUUGCAGCCGGCAGAACUCGGCGAGCUAGUUGGGCUAGCGAACGAAGGUCGGCGCCUUCACCGUCUCGUGCAUCAGUUUCCACGGCUGGAACUGCAGGCACUGGUGCAACCGAUCACGCGGUCACUCCUGCGUAUCGUUCUCACGUUGAUGCCCGAUUUUGAGUGGAACGAGCAACAGCAUGGCAAUAAUCAGCUAUUUUGGAUCUUGGUGGAGGAUGUGGACGGUGAGAGAAUCCUCUAUCAUGAUUCCUUCUCGUUGCGACAGCGUUAUGCGGAAGAGGAGCACGUGGUUACGCUAUCCGUACCAAUCUCGGAUCCCGUACCACCCAACUACUACAUCUCUGUAGUGUCUGACCGGUGGUUGCACUCCGAGACUCGUCUGCCGCUGUCUUUCCAACAUUUGAUUCGGCCGGAAGCGUUCCCUGCCCAUACUGCAUUGCUCGACCUUCAACCCUUGUCUUCUCAAGCACUUCACGACAAAGAGUUCCAGGCAGUAUAUGAUGGCACCAUCACGCAUUUCAACAAGAUCCAGAACCAGGUUUUCCAUGCGUUGUACGCUACCGACGACAACGUGAUUGUUGCUGCCCCGACCGGAAGCGGAAAGACUAUCUGCGGGGAAAUGGCGCUCCUCCGGCUCUGGACGAAGCCGUUGGCUCAAAGAGCUGUCUGCCUUCUGCCUUACGAGGAUAUGGUGGACGCUAGGAUCGCACAAUGGCAGAGCCGUUUCGGUCAUUUGAAAGGAGGGAAGAUUUUCGCAUCUCUUACGGGGGAUACUACCGCUGAUUUGGCCAUAUUGAGGCGUUCUGAUGUUGUGGUUGCCACCCCGGCGCAAUGGGAUGCCUGCUCUCGUGGAUGGAAACGCCGCAAAGACGUCCAGGAAAUCGGACUACUUAUCGCCGACGAUUUACAGCUCAUUGGCAGUGGAGAUGUUGGUGCUACAUACGAGGUCGUUCUAUCCCGAACUCGCUAUGUGUCUGCCCAGACCGACAUGCCGACGAGGAUCGUAGGUCUGAGUGUGUCCUUGGCCAACGCGAGAGAUAUUGGAGAGUGGCUUGGCGCUCCCGCCUCCAACGUUUUCAAUUUCUCCCCGAGCACGCGUCCGACUCCUUUAGAAGUACACCUGCAGAGUUUCAACGUGCCUCAUUUCCCUUCUCUCAUGCUCGCUAUGGUCAAGCCUGCCUAUCUGGCCGUGACAGAAAUGGCAGAGGACAAGCCCUCCAUUCUCUUCGUUCCAUCCAGGAAACAAUGCAAGAUGACCGCAAGCGACAUCUUGGGUUACUGCCUUGCGGAUGAUAACCCUAAGCGAUUCCUCAACAUCGACGAGCAUGAAUUGCAGCCGCAUCUGGACCACAUCGAAGACCAAGACCUCGUCGAAUGCCUGAAAUCUGGCAUCGGCUACUACCACGAAGCCAUGACCAAGCAAGACAAGCGCAUCGUGGCAAGUUUGAUGAAUGCCGAGGCGAUCAAAAUCCUUGUUGUUUCCAAGGACUCCGCUUGGAGUCUCCCCGUCACUGCUUACCUGGUGAUCGUGAUGGGUGUACAAACUUACGACGGACGGGAGCAUCGAUACGUGGAUUACGCUAUCGCUGAAGUUUUGCAGAUGAUGGGCCGAGCGUGCAGGCCGACGGUCGACUCGAGUAGUCGAUGCGUGCUCAUGCUCCAGCAGACCCGGAAAGAGUUCUUCACCAAGUUCCUCGCCGAAGCCUUGCCCGUUGAAUCGAUGUUGCCAGGCAACCUCUGGGAUCACUUCAACGCCGAAAUCGUAGCGCGAACCAUUGAAAACAAGCAAGAUGCCGUGGAUUGGUGUACAUGGACAUGGUUUUACCGUCGAAUGACGCAAAAUCCCGGAUUCUACAAUCUGCAAGGAACGAGUCAUCGUCACCUGUCUGAUCAUCUCAGUGAACUAGUGGAAAACACUCUGGCGGAUUUAGCGGAUAAGAAAUGCAUCACGGUUGAAGACGACAUGGACACAACUGCCAUCAAUCUCGGAAUGAUCUGCUCUUUCUACUACAUCUCGUAUUUGACGGUAGAGACUUUUAGCCUCUCGCUCAAAGAACGCACAAAGCUCAAGGGCUUGUUGGAAAUUGUGGCGUCGGCCGCCGAAUUCGAGAACAUACCUGUCCGUCACCACGAGGAUAUCCUGCUUAGGCGGAUCUACGAGCGCCUGCCCGUCAAGCUAGAUGCUGUGGACUACAACAGUCCACAUUUCAAAACCUUCCUCUUGUUGCAAGCCCACUUCACAAGGAUGAACCUGCCGGCCGACCUUGCCAUCGACCAAAAAAUCGUGUUGGCUCGAGUCUCGAACUUGUUGUCAGCAUGCGUGGACGUCAUGUCCUCCAACUCUUUCCUGAACGCUCUCGGAGCGAUGGAUCUGAGUCAAAUGUGCGUUCAGGCGGUUUGGGAUUCCGAUUCGGCUCUUCGACAAAUCCCUUACUUCGAGCAAGACGUCAUAUCGCGCUGUCGAGCUGCCGGCGUUGAGACCGUCUACGACAUCAUGGAGCUGGAAGACGCACAAAGGAAUGACUUGCUCAAGUUUGACGACAAGCAGAUGGCUCGUGUUGCUCGUUUCGUCAACGCUUAUCCCAACAUGGAAGUCGAAUACGAGCUUGAAGACGCCCAGGAUCCGGUAGCCGGCGAACCGAUCACCAUGGCGGUUCGCCUCGUGCGGGACGUGGAUGAGGACGAUGAUGGCGACCAGAUCGCGGAUUCGGCUCGCUACCCGGGCAGGAAGCUAGUCAAUUGGUGGCUAGUCGUCGGCGAUGCUACCAGUCGAGCGCUCUACGGCAUCAAGAAGGUUACCGUCAAGAGUAGCCUGAAGACUAAGCUAAGCUUCACCCUGCCCCAAGGCUCUCAUCGACUCAAGCUGUACCUCAUUUGUGAUAGCUAUGUUGGUGCCGAUCAGGAUUUCGAUCUGGACACUCUUACCGUUGCGGCAGCUGAGGAUUCUGACUCUGACGAAUCAGAUGAGGAUGAUGCCAUGGAAGAGUAGGAGGGACAUGAUUCACUGUAUUGCUGUAUACUAUGCUAUGAAGCCGAAUCCCUUGUGGGCAUCACAAAUUUCAUCUAGCUUGUCGC